AUGGGUAAAAUUAACACUGAAGUGCUUUAUAAGGUACCUAGGGAUCUUUUGGACUUCAAGGAUGAAAGUAUUACUGAGGGUGAAAAAUUUGGCCCCUUUGCAGGGGAGAAGCGAAUGCCGCAGGAACUGGAUGAGAACACAGACUGCAGGCUCAUGUGGGAAGUUCGUGGGAGUAAAGGUGAAGUCCUUUAUAUCCUGGAUGCAAGCAAUCCACGCCAUUCUAAUUGGCUGCGUUUUGUCCAUGAGGCUCCAUCGCAGGAACAGAAGAACCUGGCAGCCAUCCAGGAAGGGGAAAAUAUUUUCUAUCUGGCUGUGGAAGAUAUUGAAACAGACACAGAACUUCUGAUUGGGUACUUGGACAGUGACAUGGAAGAAGAGGAGGAGGAGGAGGAAGAAGUAACAGUUAUCCAGGAAGAAGAAGACAGUAGCAACAAUAAAGAAGUGCAACCAGCUGAUCCCCUCACCUGUAAAGAGGACCAUGCAUGCCCAAACUGUGAAUCCAGUUUUGCCAGCCAGGAGAUUCUAGCUGAACAUCUUCAGACUUUGCACCAAAAACCCAGUGAAGAAAAGGAAUUUAAGUGCCGAAACUGUGGAAAGAAAUUCCCUGUUAAACAAGCUCUACAAAGACAUGUACUUCAAUGCACAGAGAAUAUCAGCCCAGGAGACUCUUCAAGAAGUUUUCAGUGCUCUGUUUGCAAUACUUCCUUCAGCUCAGAAUCGAGUUAUGAACAGCACAAGGAAGCAUGCAGAGGGGAUGCCAGAUUCAUAUGCAAGGCAGAUAGCUGUGGGAAGAGGUUCAAGAGUAAGGAUGCCCUGAAAAAACAUAAAGAAAAUGUUCACAGUGGAAAUUCUAGGAAGAAGCUGAUGUGUUCAGUGUGCAAUAAGAAAUGUUCCUCAGCAACAAAUCUCCAAGAGCAUCGAAAGGUCCAUGAGAUCUUUGAGUGUCAGGAAUGUGACAAGAAAUUUAUUUCAGCUAACCAGCUAAAACGCCAUAUGAUAACUCAUUCAGAAAAACGCCCCUACACCUGCGAGGUUUGCAAUAAGUCCUUCAAACGACUUGAUCAAGUGACUGCACACAAAAUAAUACACAGUGAAGAUAAACCUUAUAAAUGCAAGCUUUGUGGAAAGGGAUUUGCCCACAGAAAUGUUUACAAGAAUCACAAGAAGACCCAUUCUGAAGAGAGACCAUUCCAGUGUGAGGAAUGCAAAGCUUUGUUCCGAACUCCAUUCUCUCUACAAAGACAUCUGUUAAUCCAUAACAGUGAGAGGACCUUCAAGUGUGACCACUGUGAUGCUACUUUCAAAAGAAAGGACACAUUAAAUGUUCAUAUUCAAGUUGUACACGAUGGACAUAAGAAAUACAAGUGUGAUCUCUGUGACAAAGCUUUUGUGACACCCUCAGUCCUGAAGAGUCACAAAAAAACUCACACAGGAGAAAAAGAGAAGAUUUGCCCAUAUUGUGGACAGAAGUUUGCAAGCAAUGGAACACUGAGAGUUCAUAUUCGAAGUCAUACAGGUGAGCGUCCUUACCAGUGUCCUUACUGUGACAAAGCUUUCAGCAAGAAUGAUGGAUUGAAGAUGCACAUUCGCACCCACACAAGGGAAAAGCCGUACCAAUGUUCAGAGUGUAACAAGGCUUUCAGUCAAAAGCGAGGCCUAGAUGAGCACAUGAGAACCCACACCGGAGAGAAGCCAUUUCAGUGUGACGUUUGUGAUCUGUCCUUCAGCUUGAAGAAAAUGCUGAUCCGACACAAGCUGACUCACAACCCCAAUCGACCGAUGGCAGAAUGCCAGCUUUGCCACAAGAAGUUUACAAGAAAUGACUACCUCAAAGUGCACAUGGAAAAUGUCCAUGGGGAAACUGACAGCUAA